GGCUUGUAUCUAUGGGCAGCCAAUAAGAUACGAGCAAAUACAAUUCCUAUGAGCAGCUACAGACUGUGUGUAUGUAUAUGCGCCUGGUUGAAAUUGGCGAGCAUUAUUCAUGGAGCAAGUAAGCUUUGAGCAUGCGCAGUAGUUGCUCCGCAAAUGAGUGCACUUGUGCGUGGGGUCCCUCGCCCGAGACUUGGUUUAUGCGCAGUGCAGCUCCUCACACUCACUCAGAGAAACCCGUCGGUCACCGGCAAUGGCCAUGUUGGUUCAAGUGUCCAACGAGCAUCUGCUUCAAGUCCUGUGCGACAAACUGGUUCGGGCGCUCACUGUUAUAAUGGAGCCCGAGUCCAGUCAGGAGCGUCGGCUGGAAGCCCAUAAGUUCUGUGAGGAGUUCAAGGAGAAAAGCCCACUGUGUGUUCCCUGUGGCCUGCAGCUGUCCAACAAGAGCCAGUCCCCAUUCAUCAGACACUUCGGCCUGCACAUCUUGGAGCAUGUUAUAAAGUUUCGGUGGAAUGUCAUUCAUACGGAUGACAAGGUGUUUGUAAAAAACAGUAUGAUGCUUCUUAUUUCUUACAACGUUCAUCCCAUCCUGGAGGAGAAAGAGCACAUUAAGGAUGUGAUUGCUCGCAUUGUGGUCGAGAUCAUUAAGAGAGAAUGGCCCUGGAAAUGGCCAGAGAUGCUGCUUGAGCUGGCGUUUGUUGCCAGUUUUGGGGAUGCCCAGAUGGAACUGGUGAUGUUCAUCUUUUUGCGGUUGGCUGAAGACCUUGGGCCAUUUGAAACUGUACCCAUAGGGUGCCAGAAAGAUCUUCAUACAGCACUGAAAUCAAAAAUGGACAACAUCUUUGCAUUUAUGGUGAUGGUUUUGCAGCGGUGUACACAGAAUUACCAGGACCUGACACAGGGCCAGUUCCGCGUGGCUGCAGCUGCUCUCCGUGCAUUGGCCGGAUACAUUGAAUGGCUCCCUACUAAACACAUAACGGCAAACAAAUACAAUCUGUUAUGGAUGCUGUGUGUGCUGCUAAAUGUUCCCGAGCUACAGCUGGAGGCAGCCGAGUGUCUGCUCCUUACAGUUAGCAAGAAGGAACUGCUGGAGGAACGGAUUCCACUCCUGAUAUUAUUUAGGGAUGAUGCUUUACGAUAUAUCCUAACUGCAGCACAAUUGGCAGAUAGUGACCCUUUGCAGGAGAAAAACUAUACUAUCCUAAAGACAAUUUGCCAAAUCCUUUGUCAACUGGGCAGCCAUCUCUGUUCUUUGACUCCGUCCAACACAUUUAAUGGGAAGAUCCCUGAGAACUUUGACAAAUACCUUGAAGCCCUGAUGAGCCUCACCCGACACCCAAGCCUGUUUCUCACAUCUUCUGCUGUAGUGCUGUGGGGGAAUCUCUUCAGACACAAGGUGCUGUCCCAUAACCCCCAUCUAAGAGCAGCCAUACCUGAUCUACUUCGGGCUGCAAUGGUCAGCAUUGUGAAGGUGGGUUUCCCUUCAAUGGAUAACAGUCCCAGCUGCGAAUACUCCCGACUAGACUUCAUCAAUGACACAGAGUUUGAUAACUUUUUCUUAUCAUUUCGAAACCAGAUAGGGUUUGUGGUGAGAUGCAUGUGUCGUUUGGACACAAAAACAUUAUUGCAUGUGGCUAAAGAGUGGAUGCAAUAUCAGCUGUCUGCACCGCUGGAUCCCGGACCACAGAUCAACACACCUGGAGAGGCUCUGUGCAGCCCCCAUUCUCCUUCCUUCUUGCAUUGGGAAGCAAUGUCUUUUUUCUGCAGUGAAGUCUUCGCUCAGCUCUGCUGCCCCCUGUCUGCAGAGAAUUUCCUACAUACAGAGGGUAUCAGUCUUCUUCAGCAAGUCGUCCACUAUGAGACCAAAGAUCCUCUUAUCGUGUCCUGUGUCCUCAAGAGCAUGUCCUCUCUUUUGCCUUUCGUUGACCACGCAGGCCGCAUCAUGCCACUUAUGUUACAGAAGCUCUUGAAUGCAGCUGGGUUUCCAGAUAAAGAAGAUGUUACGGUGCCCAGAACUGUUUCAGAAAAAAUACACAGCCGUGCCAGCACCAUCCUCAAAACUCUCUGUAUUAGAUACCCAGACUUAGUCAGGCCUCGCUUUGAGAUUUUGCAUGCCCGCAUCAAAGCCCUACUGGGGCGGAAGCAGCUUCUAAACCCUACUGAGAGAUUUGCCUUGAUGGAGGUUCUUGUUCUGGCCGGCAACCACUUAAAAAACUACAAAAGACAGAGAUUCAUCCUGGAGGAAUUGCUCAGGCCGGCAGUUUCCUUAUUGCUCUCAGAGGAAAUGCAGAGAUUGUUUUCUGGCCCCAGUGAGUUAAUUUCCUUUCUGACGGCCAAUAAGCCAGGUAGUCAAAAUAAAGAAGAAUAUUAUGAUCACAGCCAUCACUCCAAGCUCUUUUACUGCAUAAAUGCCUUUUUGGCUGUGAUGAAGCAGUCACGGUGGCCAAUUAAAUUGAAAGAAGCCAGAGCUGGGGGAUUCGUUAAAGACUGUUCCCCAAACGGUGCUGUAAUGUUUCUUAACCCCUGCAGAGGGGAACUACUGAAAGUCCUAGACAGUCUGCUGGCUCUAAUCAGGACAAUGAACAGCCUGUAUCUUCCAGAAUUUGUGACUAAAAUGAGUGAAAUAUUGGAUUGCAGUCAACCUAUCAUGGAUGAGUGUGACAUGUCUGUGCAACAAGUGACCAUGCUGAAGAAGCCAGAGGACUUUUUGAACUCGCUGUAUCAAGCCUGUUGUCAGAUGCUGGGAAAGUACGGCCCCUUCUUGCAACAUGAAUUCUACUCCAUUCCUAACCUGGCGCCUCGUCUGCUCAACUCUGCCUUAACCAACCUUGACUAUGUGUCUGACCUCAGUCUUCGACAAAUAGUUGAUGACUUGGUGAUGCCACUUGUUUAUUAUUGCCCUCCAGAGAAGUAUCAAAGCCUGGUCUGCCCAAUCCUGGGACCUCUCCUAAUGUGUCUGUACCAGAGGCUGUCCCAAAAAUGGCUGUGUAUCAACCAGAGAACUUCAUCGAGUGACAAUAAUUUAACAGAGGAAGACAGUGAGUCUCAAGAUGAUCUUGCUGAUCACAUGGUGAGGCUGCUGACCCGGACAGCAGUGCAGUUGAUCUAUGUAUGUUGUUUCGUCACACACAAAACAUAUCACAGUGAUGCCGAUGCUACAGUUAUGCCCAGUGUUGAACAGGCAGGAACAGAUGAAGAAGACAAAGAAAUUGCAACACAAAUGGAUAAGGUAUAUCAACCUCUAAUUAAACUCACAAGCCUGGGGGAGUUCCUGGUUAAGAACGAGCAGGUUUCCACUGCACUGCUGAUCAUGAGCUUCAGUUCCCUCAUGUGGAAGGACAGAGAUACAUGUAAUAAGUCAGCUAAUCUGCUGUGCUGGUCGUUGCUCAAUCAGAUGAUCACCAUCUCCCUGUCGGCUGAUGCGGCUCUCUGUUACUUUUCCAGUGUACUAUGUGGGCUACAAGCUAAUGGUCAUUUUAAGUCAUGCUUGUCUCCUCUGCUUAAUUUGGCAUUUGAGGUCUACAGAGCCCUGCGUCCUAAGUACCCGGAGCUGCAUUGGCUGAUGGAGCAGGUUCCAGAAAUCCAGCAAAAUGCAUUGACAUGCUUUGAUGAAAAAAUAUUGUCCCCCAAGCAGAAGACUAAAAAGAAAAAUCUCAGAGUGCAAUUUAGGAAUCUCCUCACUGGGUGCAUAGCGAAUCCACUGGCUGAGCGGUUUCACAAAGUCCACAUACAACACUUGCCCGCUGGGUUCAAGAAAACAUCUGGACCAGUGAUGGAACCUGAUUUUGUGCCAUGCGCAGUGAGAGCUCCCUCUACAUCACACGCUGAAAAGAUUAAAGGUGGGAUCAACCUGUGACUCUAAUCCACGGGGUCAAAGGGUCAUGUCACACGUUCCUUUAUAUUAAAGGCAAAGCAAAUUGUUAUUUUUGCAUUGAAGCAUCAGUUGUUUUGGUCUUUCCUGUGCUCCCUAAAAACAGGUUUUUUGCCGUGUAUCAGUGCUUCUAACUCAUCUUUGUGCCAUAAAGACUGUUACCGAAUUUGGUUCAAGUGUGCUCCAAAAGCGGACCAGGCUCCUUGCACCCCCGGGUGCAAGCUGUACCCCCUGCCAGGGCAAAAUCUGCAUAAAUCAAAUGAAAACAGCAGCACUCCGGUAUUAUUGGCAAAAGUGAAAAACAUUAUUUAAAAUGCCUGAGGCAACGUUUCGGGCUACGCAGGCCCUUUGUCAAGCCAUGGGUAAGUGCUGCGAGUGGAGAAGGAAUGUCCGCAGCGGUAAUUUACUGGGUCCUGUGUGUUAGAUUUAUGGCUGAUCUGCGUGCUACCUUUACCGUUCGCAGCACUGAACGAGCUAAAGCAAGCUUAGGAAUAACCGCUGCGGACAUUCCUUCUCCACUCGCAGCACUCACAGAAGUAAAUUACAGUCUAGGCAGAGCGCCGCACCUUCGGUUCUGCAGAGUCGCCCUUUCACCAUUCUACAGUCUACAUCCGGAAGCAGAGAUUUAAUAUGUUUUUUUGGACAAUGCAUUGAAUAUAAUAAACUUUAU